AGCGAGUCGCGGCCUGUUGCCUCCCGAGCACCGACGCCGAAACGGCUGGCGCAAUUCGCACGGGCAGCUUCGCAUCCUCCGGUUCCUCGCUUCCUCUUCCUCUCCAGCCUCCGCCUGACCGCCACUUGCCCGAAGUUCCCAAACCCUAGCUUGUUCCAGCGCUGCCUUCCGCCGGUCCGCCCAUCUGCCGCGGACUGCCGUGGAUCCCGCGCCGCCGGCUCGCUUUCACGUCCCGGCUCCCGCCACCCCACAGGUGCGCUUCUGAUUCCGGUGUUCCAAGCUCUCGCGUGAGGUGCCGGAUCAAAGCAAUCGGCCACCAUGCAGGCUAGCGAUAGGUUCAACAUAAACUCUCAGCUUGAGCAUCUUCAAGCCAAAUAUGUCGGUACAGGGCAUGCUGACUUGACCAGAUUUGAAUGGGCUGUGAACAUCCAGAGGGACAGCUAUGCCUCUUAUAUUGGGCACUAUCCAAUGUUGGCGUACUUUGCCAUUGCUGAGAAUGAAUCGAUUGGAAGAGAACGUUACAAUUUCAUGCAGAAAAUGCUGCUUCCUUGUGGUCUCCCUCCUGAGAGAGACGAAGACUGAGGGGAGGAGCUGGUGCAUAAUUUCAGUCUUUACCAAGAGAGCAACCUAUGUUUAGCCCCAGCAUGAUUUGGAAGGAGACUAGAUUAGCCACCGUGGUACUAUAUGCAACUCAUUUUAAAGUGUACUCUUAUCACAUAUGCUUGACUUGUCUUCUAUCAAUCUAUUAUGAUGCACAAAUAUUUCGAACUUGUAUGAAGUGUUUAAGAAAAUGUUGCUGGCCUGUGGUAUAUUUGUGGCGUGUUCAACCAGCGUGGAAGCAAAUGUACUGGCCAGAUUGAA